UCAUGUGAAUGACAUCAAGAGAGAGUUGUCUAUAAGAAUAUUAAGUUUCGAACGCAGAGGCGGGUGCAAGCUUCCCUGCAACUGAAAAAUCAUGUAAUACGUUGGGUGUUGGGUUUUUUAGUAGAGAGAGAGAGAGAGAUGGAAAUGGAUUCAUCUCAUCCCAUGACAAUUCGACCCCUAUCUGCAGCAUACCUCCAUUUUCAGCUUCCUUCUUGUUUUCUGCAGCUCUGUUACUGCUUGUAACCAUAUCCAUAAUCAAUCAUGAAAAAGCUAGGUCCUUUCCUCUUUUCUUCUACCUCAAUCCACUCUAAAAGCCCAACGUAUUUAUUUCCCCUGAUUUUUUCCCAGUUUUCCACAGCUACACCUCUCUCUUCUCUCGCUGAAUCUGAUGACUCCUCCGAUUCAGAGCCAUGUGACCUUUCUCUCGCUAUAAUCGAACCCAGAAACCUUCUCUCUAAAAGCAAUUCUUCAACCCAAGGCCUCCACGUUCUUGACUUAAUGGACCGGGGUUCAAUUCCAGUUGAUGCUGAAACCUACUCCAGAUUGCUCAAGAGAUGCACCCAAUUGGGUAAAUUAAAAGAAGGUAAAUCGAUCCAUGCGCACAUUUUGAACUCAAAGUUAAAAUCUGAUAUUUUCUUGAGAAACUCCAUUAUCAACAUGUAUGCAAAGUGUGGGUCUCUGUGCGAUGCCAAAAAAUCAUUUGAUGAAAUGCUUCUGAGAGAUAUGGUUUCUUGGACCGUAUUGAUUACUGGGUUUGCGCAAAAUGAUCAAUCAGCAGAAGCAGUUGGAUGUUUUCUAGAGAUGCAUAGAUCGGGAUUGAAGCCAAACCAAUUCACUUUUGCUAGUGUUUUCAAGGCUUGUGGGGCUUUAUCGAGCUCUGAACUGGGUAAACAAGUCCAUGGAUUUAGUGUUAAGAGUGGGUGUGAUUUCAAUGUCUAUGUUUCUAGCUCAAUUGUUGAUAUGUACACUAGAAAUGGUGAAAUGGGUGGUGCACAUAAGGUCUUUGAUGAGAUGACUGAGAGAAAUGAGGUUUGCUGGAAUGCUUUGAUAGCGGGUUAUGCUCGGAAGGGGGAGGGAGAAAAUUCCUUAGAACAAUUUUUGAAGAUGCAAAGAGCUGGUUUUGAACCUACCCAUUUUACUUAUUCUAGUGUUUUUAGUGGGUGUGCUAGUAUAGGGGCACUGGAGCAAGGGAAGUGGGUUCAUGCUCAUAUGGUUAAGUUUGGAUGCAGGGUCAUAGCCUUCGUGGCUAACACCUUGAUGGAUAUGUAUGCAAAAUCUGGUAGCAUUGAAGAUGCUAUGAAAGUUUUCGAUAGGUUGCAAAAACCAGAUGUGGUUUCAUGGAAUUCUAUACUUACUGGACUGGCCCAACAUGGCCUAGGAAAAGAAGCUGUAAUCAAAUUCGAAGAAAUGCUUAAAAAGGGAAUAAAACCCAAUGAGAUUAGCUUCCUUUGUGUGCUUUCAGCCUGUAGCCAUGCCGGUUUAAUAAAUGAAGGGUGGCGUUAUUUUGAACUAAUGAGAGAGAAAGAGAAGUAUGGAAUUGAGCCUAAGAUGGAGCACUACGUUUCAAUAGUAGAUCUCUUUGGUCGAGCUGGUAUGCUUGAUCAAGCCGAGAGGUUUAUUAAGAGUAUGCCUAUUGAGCCUAAUGCUGCUAUUUGGGGUGCUUUACUUGGAGCUUGUAGAAUGCAUGGGAAUAUGGAGUUAGGAAAGCUUGCAGCGGAGUGUGUAUUCGAGCUUGAUCCCCAUGAUUCAGGCCCCCAUGUUUUAUUAUCAAACAUUUAUGCAGCUGCUGGUAAAUGGGGUGAGGCAGCUAGAGUGAGAAAGUUAAUGAAAGAGAGUGGGGUAAAGAAAGAACCAGCUUGUAGUUGGGUAGAGAUAGAGAAUUCAGUUCAUAUGUUUGUUGCAAAUGAUGAUACUCACCCACAAAAGGAAGAUAUAUUUAAGAUGUUGGACAAAUUGGGUGUUAAGCUUAAGGAAGCUGGUUAUGUACCCGAUACGAAUUAUGUCCUUCUAUAUGUGGAUAAGCAGGAGAGAGAGAUGAAGUUACAGUACCAUAGUGAGAAGAUUGCUCUUGCUUUUGCCCUUCUUAACACCCCUCCGGGGGCCACGAUAAGGAUCAAGAAGAAUAUUAGGGUUUGUGGGGAUUGUCAUAAUGCGAUUAAGUUGGCAUCAAAGAUCGUGGAGAGAGAAAUUAUCGUGAGAGAUACGAAUCGUUUCCAUCAUUUCAGGGAUGGCUCUUGUACAUGUGGAGAUUAUUGGUGACAUAUUAAAGAGAGCUUCAGGAAUGUGUGGAAACCAAGAGAGAGACCUUGGUGAUGCCAAUUAUGAAAGAGCCAUAUUUCAUUUGUUUGGACUUGGAAAUUAGUGGCAUCUCAAAGCAGUCACUGAGUUACGCUGUGCUGCUAUUGAGAAACAAUGAGUUAUGACCUUGUAGUAGGAAAGAGAAAUGGAAGACGCGAUGGUGAAACAAAAGAGAGACUAAGCCUACAUAAGAGUUCAGAGAGGAGGAAGAGGGGGGAGGUGAGAGCGGCAAAUGGGGGACAAACUGUGCUUUCUUAUCAGCAUCCGCUGGGUUUCACUCUUGUGAGCCUGUAAGUCUUGUAUUCAUCAAUGCUACAUUCUUCCUCACUGAAUUCACAACACGACAGUCAUUAUUAUUGGGAUACACUUAAAGCCUGAAGCUAUAACGAAGACACAAUAUCCAGCCAGAUCUAUUGUACAGCUUUGACUAUGAACCUGGUUACCAGCUUACCAAUCAAUUACACUGGGCAUGUCGAGGGAGGGAUGGAGCGAAGGAGGGAGAGAUUUUGUGUCUUUUAUUAUUAUCUCUCAUUGAUUCAUUUUAUAUUCAUUUUGUUGUAACUUGCAACAGAAGCAAGAUUAUUUGGAAGAGUCAUAAAUUAGUAUGGUGUUGCAGUUUAAGGGAUGAUUGAUCCUGGCAAGGAUUUUUCGCUUGCCCAGCCAUUUUCGCUGACUGCAACUUGUCAGUUGAUGAAUAUCAUUUCAUUGUGAACUCAUUGCUUCCAUUUUCGUUUACGUGUGAUGAUAAAUUAUUAGAAAAUGACUGAAAGUACUGGUGUUUUUA